AUGUCAGAGGAUCUGGCAGCUGAGAGCUGGGGCUCCACACAGAUCACCAUUAAGACAUUUUCCUACAAGUGGACCAUCAGUAACUUCCAUUUUUCUCUGGAGGUUGAAGCCAUUAGCAGUCCAGUUUUCUCAUCAGAAGACAAUGACCAAACAAAACGGUGUUUGAAAUUAUACCAGAACGGGUUUGAUGAAGAAAGCAGAGAUUACCUUUCAGUUUACUUGGCAUUGCUCAGCUGUCCAAAGAUCCCCAUUAGGGCAAAGUUUCAGUUUUGGAUUUUAGAUGCCAAAGGAGAGAAAAGAAAUAAUGUGGAGAGCCAAAGUGUCAAGAGUUUCCUGCCAGACCAACAUUGGGGAUUCAAAAAGUUCAUCCCUCGAGAUUUCCUCUUGUCCCAGGCCCAAUGGCUACUACCUGAUGGCAGGCUCACACUCUUUUGCAAGGUGAGUAUGGGACAAGAUGUUAUUAGCCUUUCUCGACAGACACCCUCAAUCACAGUUCCAAGCUGCAAUUUGACAGAUGAGGCAGGAGAGCUUUGGGAAAAUUCCCUCUGCACAGACUGCUGUCUCUUGGUAUCUGGUCAGGAAUUCUGGGCUCACAAGCCCAUCUUAGCAGCUCGCUCUCCAGUUUUCAGGGCCAUGUUUCAACAUGACAUGGAGGAGAGGCAAAAGAACCACAUUAAGAUCAAGAUCCUGGAGCCUCAAGUCUUCAAGGAGAUGAUGGGCUUCAUUUACACAGGGAAGGCACCAAACCUCCACACCAUGGCCACUGGUGUGCUGGCAGCUGCUGACAGGUAUGGACUGGAGCGCUUGAAGGUCAUGUGUGAGGAUGCGCUCUGCAGGGACCUCUCCGUGGAGAAUGCUGCUCACACUCUCAUCCUGGCUGACCUGCACAGUGCAGAGCAGCUGAAAAUUCAGGCACUGGAUUUCAUCACAGUUCAUGCUUCUGAGGUCUCUGAGACCUUUGGGUGGCAGGUCAUGGUGGAUUUCCAUCCUCACUUGCUGGCCGGAGCAUUCCAUGCCCUGGCUUCUUCACAGAGGCCUUUCUUGGAACCCCCUCUCAAAUGCCUGAAGAGAUAGAUCCUAGCACCUGCUUCCUUGUGACCUACACCUGUCUUCCUGAUGUAGCCACCACUGUUUUUACCAGGGACUCCUAGGUAGACUAUGGUAUUGUUGCCAUGUUUAAAGUGAAUUUCGGGAAGGAUAGCAUCGUGGCUCAGGAUAUAAACAGCUGGAAAGAAGGUGAAAUCAUGAUCAG